UUCCUCGUCUCAUCCAGCAUCCGGCAGUGCUUGCAGAAGUUGAACUCGAAUUCAGCCGAACAAUUUCUUGGGGCUUUGAGAAAGAGAGAGAGAGAGAGAGAGAGGUGGAAGGAGGAAGAAGAAGGGGAGCGGGAUGGGGAUCGUGGACGUGGUGUCGGAGUACUGCUCGCUGCCGCGGACUCGCCGGCACAUGAAGAAGCGGAAGCAGUUCCAGACGGUGGAGAUGAAGGUCCGGAUCGACUGCGAGGGCUGCGAGCGCAAGGUCAAGAAGGCCCUCGACGACAUGAAAGGCGUGAGCUCGGUGGAGGUGACGCCGAAGCAGAACAAGGUGACGGUGACGGGGUACGUGGACGCGGCCAAGGUGAUGCGCCGGGUGGCAUACAAGACCGGCAAGCGGGUGGAGCCGUGGCCAUACGUGCCGUACGACGUGGUGGCGCACCCCUACGCCCCCGGCGCCUACGACAAGCGCGCGCCCGCCGGCUACGUCCGCAACGUCAUGAGCGACCCCUCCGCCGCGCCGCUCGCCAGGGCCUCCUCCACCGAGGCCAGGUACACCGCCGCAUUCAGCGACGAGAACCCCAACGCCUGCUCCGUCAUGUAGCCUCCCACUCUCCCUUGUCUCCGGCCGCCCGGCCACCGGCGACCUUUUCUAGCUUGCCUGCUCUGCUCUGCUCUGCUCAUCCAUGGCGGCGUUGGGUGGGAGGGGUCUCUAGCUAGACAGUUCGCUGGCGUUCUCCUGUGUUUUUAAAAAAACUAGACUAGACUAGUAGAAGAUAUGUAUUCUUGCUUCGGUUUGGUGUAAGAUAUGUGGGAUUCGGUGAGGAGGAAGCUCCAUCAAUCUUGUUGUUUAUGAGCAAUGUUCCCAAUCAGUGAAUCAGAUGAGCGUUGCACGAUUGA